GCGUAGCGCCGUCAUGCCGCGCGCCUAGACAUGAUCCUCUUAGUGCUGCUCGCGGGCCUCGCCGCCGCCUCCGCAUCCGCCACCCCUGCAUCCCCCGAUUCCACCCCAACCCUCGAUAGUGUGGUGAUCGCGACCAACGCUACCAAAGAUGUCACCACAGAGUUGCCAGAAGCAGAAACUACUACAACCAAAGAAAUACUUAAAGCAAGUGAAACGGGUGAUCCUUCCAAAGUUGAUAUAGUUAAACAAAUUCGUCGUCUAAACGAAGAUGGUUCUUAUACUAUUGGCUAUGAAGCCGGGGAUGGGACUUUUAAGAUCGAAAGCAGGGACGUAUUAGGUAACGUGAAAGGGACUUUUGGGUACAUUGAUAAGGAUGGUGAAAUAAAACGAGUGACGUAUUCUUCAUCGAGUGAUAGCACGCCUGUGCCAGUGACAACGAGUACUACUUCUAGUACUCCUAUGAUGGUUGUGAGAGUGAACAAAACAGUGUCGACUACUAGGAGACCGCUUGCAACAGUCGUAUAUCCCAGUCGGGGAGGUUAUAGCACGACCAGAGGAACAGUUGUACAGCCGAUACCGCGGCGACGACAGACGACUUCGACACGACCAGCGACCAUAAUGGAAACGACCACUACAAAACAACAAACUGAGGAAUCGACUAGCAAUAUUUUGAAUCUUUACAAACCUAAAGAGAAUGAAGGUGGGAUACCGAAGACGCGAACUCAAAUGUUGAAACCUAUGCCUAGUGUCAAAGAUGAUCUAGUGCCCAAACAAACAACCACUAAGAUACCAUAUACUGUAAAGCCUGUGUAUGAACAUGUGACUGAAAAGGAACACGCAGUUACACCAAGUAAGGCGAACACCAUACGUCGUGAGCUGACCAAUACCAGCCCAAAUCCUCACAUGAUCAAUUUGCGGCAGUCGGCUGGAGACGAUUCUACUGAUGUUUACGGCAGCCACUUGUCUCUUGGUACUGUGAGACCUUUGUUCACAACAACAACUCCUCGACCAAGGUUAGUGCCCAUUCAUUCUUUAGUAGCUGCAAGGCAGAAGAUACAUCAGCAAUAUCAAGAACAGCCUGUGCAUGAUGAGGAGACCACCGUUGAAGCCAGUACUGGACGUGUAUUUGAUCAGGAGAACGUUGUAACCUCGAAUCCAGUGCCAGUAAUUCAUAUACCAGCUGGUAGAGUUCCUGAUGAAAGAGUUUACCAACAACUGCUUUAUAGAAGACCAUCGUCUGUUCACUUCCGAACAAAUGAGUACUUAAAAGAUAAUCCAGGAGCAGCAAUACCCAUUGGAAACCAGCGGCCCUUUCUCCAAUAUGAGCUCCAGCACAAAGUACUGGAGCCACAAUAUGUAAAAGAUUCUCAACAAACACAAAAAGUUAGUGCUUCUGAAGUUGCCACAGGACAGCCAUACGAUGGGCGGCAAGUGACGCGAAUCAUACCCAUUCCUGUGGAUGAAAGAGGAGUGCCUAUCCAAGGUUAUCAAAGGUAUAUUAACCCUUACAGACCAACACCACCUCCAGUGGUCCUUCAUCAGCAACCGAGAUACGAGCCGAUCGAAGACGUGAAUGCAAUUUCAGCUCCUGUUAGUACAAGAGACUUGAAAAGAUUGCUCCAGAUUUUGAUCCUUCGGCAGAAUCGUUUACAAGCCUUGAUGGACCAGAUUGUUGCUCCUGGACCCCCAUAUCAGCCUUUGCCCUUAUUCAGAGCUGAGCCUCAAUACGAAUACAAUAGAUACCAGAAUAGACAGUAUCCAGAAGAAGAAAGGUAUGACUAUAGAUACGAUCAACAGUACAGACAGUCGGACAUAUACCAGAACCAAGUCGGAAAUUAUGAGAACCAGCAGUACGAAAGUCAGCGAUUUGUUCCUAGAAGACGGUUGUACACAAGGCCUUAUGAUGCAUCUGUGGCAUCUUCUAAUCGAGUGGAAGAAACUCCUGAGUAUCUUCCAGCAGAGAUACGAGAGGCUCUGUUGCUGAAAAUGUUGAUGUUGGCGAUAAGUCCUGAUUUUAUGCCAUCACCAGCUCCUAUGACUGAAAUGACAACUGCUGCACCGCCACGAAAACAAGUGCGGAACGUGCAAAUUCUCGGAGAAGAAGGUUCGGCAGAUGAGGCGAAAAGACAGAUGCAAAGACAGUAAGACACAGGUUUUAAUAUAUUUUAAGUGAUGCUUUGCCCGUAGAAUACUCAGUAAUGUAAAUAUUUUUGUAAGGGAUUUGUAUAAAAUAUUUUUUAUUUGGAUACUUUGGCGAUGUUUGAUUUCGUCCAAUUUAAAUAUGCCAACAAUACAAAUA